UAAAAUGUCUUGCAACAUGUCUGACUACUGAGUGUGGUGUGUGUAUGGUUUACGGAGAGGCAAGCACCCCUACGCAUGACGUUCGCUUUAAGGUGCACUUUCCAGACGCGGAAGCGAUUUCCAGCUGUCAAGCAGAUUUUGGUAAAUCAGUUUCAGCUCUCGGUCGAAAGGAAAAUAGCGAUUGACUGCACGUCAAAAUGGACUGUCCACGCUGGCUGCCCCUGGAGUCAAAUCCCGAAGUCAUGAAUAAGUUUGUCAAUUGUUUGGGAAUGAGGCAAACCUGGCAAUUUGGAGAUGUGUAUGGACUGGAUCCAGAGCUUCUCAACAUGGUCCCGAGGCCAGUGUGUGCCGUGCUUCUACUUUUCCCAGUGACAGAGAAGUAUGAGACAUUCAAGCAGGAGGAGGAAGAGAAACUCAAGGGUCAGCCACAAGAGGUCUCUCCUGACGUCUACUUCAUCAAGCAAACUAUUGGAAACGCCUGUGGAACAAUAGGAUUAAUUCAUGCAGUGGCAAACAACAAGGCACACCUGGAAUUUGAGUCUGAUUCUGCUCUGAAGAAGUUUCUUGAACAAACCUCUAAAAUGACCCCAGAGGAAAGGGCCACCUUCCUGGAAAAAGAUGAGAGUAUACGUGUCACACAUGAAUCCAGUGCACAGGAGGGACAGACUGAGGCUCCAAGUUUAGAUGAGAAAGUGAAUCUGCAUUUUAUAGCUUUUGUGAAUGUCGCAGGACAGUUAUAUGAACUGGAUGGCCGCAAGCCUUUCCCCAUCGUCCACGGAAAAACUUCAGCAGACACUUUCUUCGAGGAUGCUGUAAACGUUUGUAAGAUCUUCAUGGCUCGCGACCCUCAGGAGCUUCGUUUCACCCUCAUUGCCCUCUCCAAAGAUUCAUACUGAUGAAAAUCCCCCCCGUGACCCCAGGAGACAAAGGAAAUAUGACUGCCAAACAUUCGCAAGUGCUGAUUUCAUUGGAAAAUAAUCAUUUUCUGCAAGUGAUGUGGGGAAUAUAAUAAAAUGUCAGGGAUAUCAUACUAAAGUAAUGCUCCUUUGUUGUCUUACAUCACUUUCUACAAGUUGGAUGAAAUUCUAAGGGAAUUAAAGUGCUGCUGUGCAACUAAAAGUGUUUCUUGUUAAGAUCAAAAUCUUCCACAUGUUCCCCACAGCUGAAGCGUCUGUAACUCCACUGCACUAAAGUUUGUUCACAUGGCAAGUUUGGCUGUCAAUCAAGAAAGAAAUUUCACAUUUUCCACGUCACUGAGGGAACUCAACCGCUUUUCUGCUCUGGGUUCAAUGAAACAUACUCUAUGUAGUGAUUUGUUUUUGAUCAUAUGUCUAACGCCGUGGUCAAAUGAGCUGAAGAAACAUUUUUUUGCAAGGCUUUUAAUUUGAGUCAGAGCUUUGAAAAAACAGACAGGCCUAAUGCUGUUGUGUAAUGUAACGAAAAGCUUCUCAAAAAAAAAAAUAAACAUGCCUCCUGUAAGUGAGGCCAAAUGAAAAGUGCAGACUGUAGAUCCGUGUGGAAGGUGCCUACAUUUUUGUAAGAAGAAUCGAAUUCUGUCAAAUAAAAGGCAAAUUUAUUAAA